AGAGGAGCCCAGACGGCCAACCCUAGCCUCCCCAGCCUGAGGAUGGCCUCUGUGCUUGAGGAAGAAGCUCACUAUGGCUCCAGUCCCCUGGCCAUGCUGACAGCAGCUUGCAGCAAGUUUGGUGGCUCCAGCCCUCUGCGGGACUCAGCGACCCUGGGGAAAGGAAGCUCGAAGAAGCCAUACUCUGAUCUCCCAGCCCCCAAGACCAUGGGGGAUGCCUACCCAGCCCCCUUUUCAAGCACCAAUGGACUUCUCUCGCCUGCGGGCAGUCCUCCAGCCCCAGCCUCCGGCUAUGCCAAUGACUACCCGCCCUUCCCCCACUCAUUUCCUGGGCCCACUGGUGCCCAGGACCCUGGGCUACUAGUGCCCAAGGGGCACAGCUCUCCUGACUGCCUGCCGAGUGUCUAUACCUCCCUGGAUAUGGCACAUCCCUAUGGCUCCUGGUACAAGGCGGGCAUCCAUGCAGGCAUCUCACCAGGUCCAGGCAACACACCUGCUCCUUGGUGGGACAUGCAUCCCGGGGGCAACUGGCUAGGUGGUGGGCAGGGCCAGGGUGAUGGGCUGCAAGGGACACUGUCCACGGGCCCUGCCCAGCCUCCACUGAACCCCCAGCUGCCUACCUACCCAUCUGACUUUGCCCCCCUUAAUCCAGCUCCCUACCCAGCACCCCACCUCUUACAACCAGGGCCCCAGCAUGUCCUACCCCAAGAUGUCUACAAGCCCAAGGCGGUUGGCAACAGUGGGCAACUGGAGGGGAGUGGUGCAGGCAAAAACCCUCGGGGUGCAGGCACAGGGGGCAGUGGUGGAUAUGCGGGCAGUGGGGCAGGGCGUUCUACCUGCGACUGCCCCAACUGUCAGGAGCUAGAGCGGCUGGGGGCGGCAGCGGCUGGGCUGCGGAAGAAGCCUAUGCACAGCUGCCACAUCCCGGGCUGCGGCAAGGUGUACGGCAAGGCUUCGCAUCUGAAAGCCCACUUGCGCUGGCACACGGGCGAGAGGCCUUUCGUCUGCAACUGGCUCUUCUGCGGCAAGAGGUUCACCCGCUCUGACGAGCUGGAGCGCCACGUGCGCACACACACCCGGGAGAAGAAGUUCACCUGCCUGCUCUGCUCCAAGCGCUUUACCAGAAGCGACCACUUGAGCAAACAUCAGCGUACCCACGGGGAGCCGGGCCCCGGGCCGCCCCCAAGUGGCCCUAAGGAGCUGGGGGAGGGCCGCAGCGUUGGAGAAGAAGAAGCCAACCAGCCGCCCCGAUCUUCCACCUCUCCUGUACCCCCAGAAAAAGCCCCUGGAGGCAGCCCGGAGCAGAGCAACCUGCUAGAGAUCUGAGCUUGGGCAGGGGAAGGUCUCCAGCCCCGGGGUCCUCUUGCCAGACACUCGGUGCGGUGGACCACUGCUUGCCCCUCACUCUUUUCUAUGCAUGCUAUACUUUGGGGCGCUGUCUC